AUUCGACAACCGUUGCGACAGCGCGAAAUCUGCAGUCAUGGCCCCCGUCCCGCGCGUCUACUCCAAGACCUACAAGGUCCCUCGUCGUCCUUUCGAGUCGGCUCGUCUUGACUCGGAACUGAAGAUUGUCGGCGAGUACGGCCUGCGCAACAAGCGUGAGGUGUGGCGUGUCCAGUUUACCCUGUCCAAGAUUCGUCGUGCUGCUCGUGAGCUCCUCACCCUCGAUGAGAAGGACCCCAAGCGUCUGUUCGAAGGUAACGCUUUGAUCCGUCGUCUGGUCCGCAUUGGUGUGCUCGAUGAGUCCCGCAUGAAGCUCGAUUACGUCCUGGCCCUCCGUGUCGAGGACUUCCUUGAGCGCCGUCUUCAGACCUGCGUCUACAAGCUUGGCCUUGCCAAGUCCAUCCACCACGCCCGUGUCCUGAUCAAGCAGCGUCACAUCCGUGUCGGCAAGCAGAUUGUCAACGUUCCCUCCUACAUGGUCCGUCUCGACUCUCAGAAGCACAUCGACUUCGCUCUUACCUCUCCCUUCGGUGGUGGUCGCCCUGGUCGUGUCCAGCGCAAGAAGGCUGCUGCUGCUGCCGGUGGCGGUGAUGACGAGGGCGAGGAGGACGAGGAGUAAAUUAUCUAAAAUAGGAGUAUUGGCGGGUUUCGUUACGGACAAUAUAUCUACGGGGCUUCGAUGUCACUGCAGCAUCGCGUAUAAUGUUGUACGACCUUGCAUUUCCACGAAUUUAAAAAAAUAUUAUACAAGGUAUAGCCUACGACCCAGUUUCGAAUCCGAUUUGCUAGAUAU